ACCUUUACCGUGAUGUGCUACAACGUGUUGAGUCCGAACUACGCCACCUCAUCUCAGUAUCCCUACUGUCCGACUUGGGCCAUGGACUGGGACUAUCGUCGGCGUGGCAUUCUCGAGGAGAUUAAACUCUACAGUCCACACAUUGUCUGCCUCCAGGAAGUCGACACCGAUCAGUUUGAAGAGGUGUUCCAACCCGAACUUCACAAGACCGGCUACGAGGGUAUUUUCAUUCCCAAGAGUCGUUGUCGAACGAUGGAUCCCGCCGCUAGCCGCAAGGUCGACGGUUGCGCCAUAUUCUGGCAGACAGAAAGGUGA